GGAGAGGGGGGCGUCAGGGGGCUGGGCUGCUUCCUCCAGGGGGCCAUAAAAGGGGUAGGCUGGCUCCCGCUGAGUCACACUCAGGACACGGGCCACGCUCGGCACCAUCAUGGGGAACAGCGGCCGAGCCCUCCCAUGUGGGAUCCCACCUCGAGCGGGGCCUCGGCGAGGAGCCAGGGGGCUGAAGGUGCUGCAGGCCUGGUUCCUGUGCCUGCUGCUGCUGGGCCUGGCCCUGCGAGGGGCAACAUGUCCAGCCCACCAGCACUCCAUGGAGACCCGCACCCCGGACAUCGACCCUGCCUGGUACACGGGCCGCAGAAUCAGGCCUGUGGGCCGCUUCGGACGGAGGAGAGUGGCCCUGAGGAAUGCCCCGGAGCUGAGCCUGUGGCACCAGCGGUCGGCUUCCCCCUGGAAGGAGGCGCUGAGCCCUCCCAGGAUGGGUGACAACCCAGCGCAGGAGGAGUAACCCCGGAGCCUCCCCGCAACUCCGGCCCCCUCC